AUGGAAAAUUAUAGAAAUGUUUCAAUAAAACAUUUUAAGUUGGAUCCUGUUCAUUAUUAUACAACUCCAGGUUUUGCGUGGAACGCUAUACUUAGAAAAACAGGUGUAGAAUUAGAACUAAUAAGAGAGAUUGAUAUGUAUUUAAUGUUUGAACAAGGAAUAAGAGGAGGAUUAUCUCAAUGUAGUAUUAGAUAUUCUAAAGCAAGUAAUAAAUAUAUUGGAGAGAAAAGAAAAGAAAAAACAUCAACAAAAUAUCUCUUAGAUUUGGAUGCAAAUAAUCUCUAUAGAUGGGCAAUGUAUAAAUAUUUACCAUAUAAAGGUUUUAAAUGGUGUAAUCCUGAUUUGUUUGAAAUAUUCUGAAGAGCUUCUUCAUUUUGUUUAUCCAUUGGCUCCUGAACACGUAUUUGAUAAUAAAGAAUUACCAAAAUUAACAACAACUCUAAAUGAUAAUAAAAAAUAUAUUCUACAUUAUAAUAAUGUUAUUCUUUAUUUAAGUUUAGGUUUAAAAUUAGAGAAAAUACAUAGGAUAAUAGAAUUUGAUCAAAAAGAUUGGUUAAAACCAUAUAUAGAAUUUAACAUAAAUCUUCGUGCAAAAACAGAUAAUGAAUUUGAAAAAGAUUAUUAUAAGUUAAUGAAAAACAGUGUAUUUGGUAGGACUAUGAUGAACACAAGGAACCAUAAAGAUAUGAAAUUAAUUAACGAUGGGGGGAAAAAAUAGAAAAAUGGGUUGUUAAACCAAAUUUUGAUCGAGCAACUAUUUUUACAGAGAACUUAGUAGCUGUACAUAUGAAAAAAACUAUGGUUGAAUUGAAACAACCAAUUUAUUUAGGAAUGUGUAUUUUAGAUUUAUCUAAAACUCAAAUGUAUGAUUUUUAUUAUAACGUAUUGAAAAAAAUAUCAGAUUAUUAUACACAGACACAGAUUCUUUAAUAGUAGAAAUUUCAACUGAUGAUUUUUAUACAGAUGUAAAAAACAAUAAACAACUUUUAAAUGAAUUUGAUUUUUCAGAUUAUCCUAAGAAUAAUAAAUAUUGAAUACCACAAAUAAAUAAAAAAGUUCCAGGUAAAUUUAAAGAUGAGCUUAAUGGACAAAUAAUAACUGAAUUUGUUGGGUUAAGAUCUAAAUUAUAUUCAAUUGAAGUAUUUGAAAAUGAAAAUGAAAUUAAAAAAGCAAAAGGUGUGAAAAAACCCAUAGUUAAAAAUGGAUUAUGUUUUAAUGAUUUUUAUAAUUGUUUAAAAAGUAAAAAUUCAAAAUAUGUAAAACAGAACACUUUUAGACCAGAUAAACAUGAAAUAUAUACUGUUGAAAAAAAUAAAAAAGCUUUUAGUGUAUACGAUGAUAAAAGAUAUAUUCUAGAUAACGAUAUAAAUACUUUAGCAUGGAGACAUUAUUCAACAAACAUAAAAAGAGAAAAUUUCAAAGAAUACACUGAUAAUUUAAUAAAAACAAAUAGUAAAAAAGAAUGA